AUGACGUCGUCGUUUGCGUCAAUUUGUUUGUCGAUCACGGUUUUGGCAUGCAUUGCCGGUGCGUGUCAGAACCUUCCACUAACGCAAUACGUUGGAUCCAGAGCUUACAUGCUACAGCAACGAAUGGAAUGUCGAGGGUUGAAAGUGUACGAUAUCGACAAUGUACAGGACAUUGAACAAUGCAAGGAAGCAUGCCGACAGUUCGAUUGUGCUGGCGUGAACCUGUUCCAAUUGGGCGAGUUCACGUUCAAAUGCGAAAUUUUGAGCACCCUAUAUGGAAUGAACCCAGCCACAGGAGCAGCCUGCUAUUAUGCAUCCGAUCUAAUGGGUGGUUUUGGUUUCGGUUACGGUCGAAGGAAGUAG